AUGAGUUUUUAUAAUCGAAAGACAAAGAUUGCUUGUUUUGUGAAAGAUAUCACCAAUGAAAAGAAACAAACCACUCUGAUUGCAGAUGAGAAGAAAAAGAGUGAAGAAUUAUUGUUAAAUAUUCUUCCAUUACCUGUGGCAAUUCGUCUCAAACAAGGAGAAACCUCCAUUUGUGAAAAAUUUAAUGAUGUGACAGUAUUCUUUUCUGACAUGGUUGGAUUUACUGUCAUGAGUAGUAUCAUGUCACCCAAUGAAUUGAUUGUUCUUCUCAAUGACAUUGUUCACAAUUUUGAUCAUCUCACUGAAAAGUAUUAUAUUGACAAGAUUAAAACCAUUGGAGAUGCUUAUUUUUGUGUUGCUGGUGCUCAUGCUUCAAGAGCCAGUGAUCACACUGAAGAAUAG